UUCUAGAUGCCUUCUUGAGCCUGCUCGUGGCCACCCACAGACACUUCUAAGAAGGAAAGAAGCUGGCCUUGCACAGACACUCUGAAAUGAAGAAUUAGAUGCUUGGAUUUGAAUAGCAAGAUUUCCAGCCAGAAGACAAGGGAGCAGUCUCUGAAGACACUUCUCCUCAGAGUUUGGCCAUGGCCUCUCUUGGUCUCCAGCUUGUAGGCUACAUCUUGGGACUCGUGGGGCUGUUGGGCACCCUGGUUGCUAUGCUGCUCCCAAGCUGGCGAACAAGUUCUUACGUUGGUGCCAGCAUUGUGACUGCAGUUGGCUUUUCCAAGGGUCUAUGGAUGGAGUGUGCCACACACAGCACAGGCAUUACCCAGUGUGACAUCUACAGCACCCUGCUUGGCCUGCCUGCCGACAUCCAGGCUGCCCAGGCUAUGAUGGUGACAUCUAGUGCCAUCUCUUCACUGGCCUGCAUUAUCUCGGUAGUGGGCAUGAAAUGUACAGUCUUCUGCCAGAACUCUCAAGCCAAAGACAAAGUGGCCGUCAUAGGUGGGGUCUUUUUCUUCCUUGGAGGUCUCCUGGGCUUCAUCCCUGUUGCCUGGAAUCUUCAUGGGAUUCUGAGGGACUUCUACUCCCCACUGGUGCCUGAUAGCAUGAAGUUUGAGAUCGGUGAGGCACUUUACUUGGGCAUUAUUUCUUCGUUGUUCUCCAUGAUAGCUGGAACCAUUCUCUGCUUCUCCUGCCCAUCCCAAGGAAAUCGCUCCAACCACUAUGAUGCUUACCAGGCCCAGCCCCUUGCUUCCAGGAGCUCUCCAAGGCCUGGUCAACCACCCAAAGCCAAGAAUGAGUUUAACUCCUACAGCCUGACAGGGUAUGUGUGAAGAAUCAGGGAUUAGAUUGGGGGGGGAGGGGAAAGGGUGGCUGGGUUGGUGAAAACCAGUGGACAACUCCCCAGGGCCAAAAGUGAGGGACAUUGUCACUGGAUCAUGUCUGAAUGUACUUCUGAGGAUUAACUGAUUGUGGCCACUGGAUCAAAUGAAGGCAGAAAUGGGAGCUGAUGUGAUAGUGUGCAGGUUGAAUUGUCAAGAUGCUUGCCAAACCAGCUUUUCAGUUUCCUUCACCUAGGCGCCCCAGAUCCCCAACCCUCAACUCCAGACCCACCUCCAUAUUUUAUCCAUAAUCCAGGCUUCCCUUGGCUCUUUGUUUUACCUGGGGAUUUAUCUGAAAGCCCACUAAUCACAUCCCAUGGACUGACAUUCUCUUUGAUCAAAGACCUACUCUCUUGCUCAUCGCAGGGAGGGAGAGGAAGAGAGGACUGGAUGAGUUUGUAUGGGUACUGCUCUAAUCUCCUUCACAAGUCUCCCUUCAAAGAAGCUGGCUAGUUAUAGGACCCAGAACCUCCAUUACAUUCUUGUUAUGACUCCACAGUGUUCUGAAAGAAAGUUGUCCCAUGAUACAAAAGGAACGGAGAACGACAGUGAAAGAUUAGAGGAAGGGAAGGCAGCUGAGGACCCCUCUCCCCAAAAGAUCACAACCUCUGUCUAGGACAUUUCCCCAGACUCCCUCACACUCGUGGAAUGGGGCUCUUGCCCACUGUUAGAGGACAAUUCACAAGGAAAGAAGACAUGGAGGAAAGCUCAAGGCAGCAGAUGACUGACCCCACUGAGGGACUGUCUCCAAAGCUGUUUUCCUAACUUUCACUGAAGACUUGGCCUCUCUUUGAACAUUUGACCUUGCCUCCUGCUAACCAACCAGACUAAGGGCUUUAUACUAUGGUAUCCUUAGGAAUGGAAUACUGGCAUUUCUAGAGACAGCCCUUGGCUGUGGGAUGACAGUGUGGGAGCUGUGAGGUAAAUAAGGAAGAUACCCCACACGUUGAUGUUGCCCAAGAAGAAGAAUUUGGAGAUUCAAGAGUCUGGAUGGACAUGUG